AUGAGGAAAAGCUUAGAUUAGAAACAGAAUUGUAAGCAGCUAAAGAUGAGAGGAAAAGGUAAUGAAUAGGAAGUUUUAUAUGGUAGAUUAUUGCAUGAUAGAGAAAUAUUGAAUAAUACCUAUGAAGAUGUGUUGGAUAAAUUAAAUGAGAAAGAAAAGCAGUGCUCUUAAUUAUAGACUGAAUAUGAUAAUCUCGAAAAGUAGGCUCUGAUUUAUAAGGCUGAUUAAGAAAAUAUCAAUAAUGAAGUGAAAUCAAAGAAUGAAAAUCUCAAAUACACAAGAAUGCAAUAUUAAGAAGCUCAAAACUAUAUUUCUUAAUUGUAGAAUGAUCUAGAGGAGUUGCAUAAGUAGAAGGAGAAAUUUAAACAGGAGAGCUUGCUUUAUCAAAAGAACUAUUAGCAAGAGGCUGACACUUGCAUGGAAUUGAAUGCCCAGGUUAUUCAACUCGAUCAAACAGUUAAGCAUCAGGAGAAGACCAUUAUCGAUUAGAAGAAUGAGAUUGAGAGAUUGAAGUCGAUGCAUAUGGAAUGUUUGGAAACUACAGAGGAGUUGAAUCAUGAAUUGGAAUUGGCUAGGAGGAUCAACGAUCAAUUGGAACAUCAACAUAGAGAUGUUAUGGAGGAGUUGGACAAGUUGUCAUUGACAGAGGAGUAAGCAGCCAUGGCAAGGGCUAGUAAAUAUAAGGAAUUGAAGACCAAAUUGAUUAUGGGAACUAAGCAGUUAUAGUAGUUCUCAUCUCCGUUCAAGAGGUUUUCAACAAACAAAAAAUCUUAGCUGAAGUAAUAUGAAUUUUGA